CGAGCGCUCAAAAACGCGUCACUUCAGCGCACAUGUUUCUCUCAGCAGGAGAAUCACACACACACACACACACACACAAACACACGUCCACUGGAGAAGAACAGACAGCGGAUUUACCGGGACACCGUCGGUAAGACGUCCCAGGAUAUGCGCGUUUCUCCGGGUGACCGAUGAAGGAGUGACGCAGCGUCCGGAUAAUAUUUUCAAUGUGAAGGAGGAAUCAGAUAUCCACUGGGAAACCUUCGCAAUGAUUACCUGUCAAUCACUGCAGACCGCGGCCCUGGCAGCUGCAUAUGACCCGUCAAAGUGAGCAAGAGGGCGGAGCCAGUCUGAUGACAGACAGCAGAGACGUCCAAUCAAAUUCAGAGUGCCUCAUCUCCUCUCCGCCUCAGCGAUGGUCACAUAAAUGCACAGAAACAUUCCUGUAUCGUCAACAUGUAGAUUGAUUGUUUUCCUGUUAACCGUUUGAUUAUUAAUUUAUUAGUGUGAUGCUCUGCGUUUUCCGCCUGCGCCGUCUUGUUCGCCAGGUGCCGCUACACACCAGCUUCCUCUUUCUCUUCCUCCUCUGCGUCCUCAGCGUUUUCCUCUCCUCAUAUUUCCUGUAUGCCGUCAAGCGAGAGCUCGAACCAUCAGCCAUAGGAGGACAUGCUGCUGCCGGUGACCUCUACGUCACCCCUUCUCGAACCCUCUCCUUUAUGGGCGGGACUUUUUCCUCUGAUGGCUCACGGACGGAUCCGGUGGUGCUGGUGUUCGUGGAGAGCCAGUAUUCCCAUCUGGGACAGGAGAUUGUGGCCAUCCUGGAGUCGGCUCGGUUCCGCUAUCGGACAGAGAUUUCGCCGGGGAAAGGGGACAUGCCUACUUUGAUGGAGGGACGGAGGGGACGCUUUAUUCUUAUCGUGUAUGAAAACAUCCUGAAGUAUGUGAACAUGGACGCCUGGAACAGGGAGCUGCUGGACAGAUACUGCAUCGAGUUUGGAGUCGGAAUUAUCGGCUUCUUUAAGGCCAAUGAGAACAGUCUGUCGAGCGCACAGCUGAAAGGCUUCCCUCUGUUCCUGCGCUCCAACCUGGGACUGAAGGACUGCAGCAUCAACCCCAAAUCCCCACUGCUGCACAUCACACGAGCACAGCAGGUCAGUGGUCCUCUUCCCGGAGACGACUGGACCGUCUUUCAGUCCAAUCACUCCAGCUAUGAGCCGGUCGUACUAGCCAAAGCGCUCUCAGCGGACUCCCCUCUGCACACCACUGUGCUCCAGGAUCUGGGGCUCCACGACGGCAUCCAGAGGGUCUUAUUCGGACACAACCUCUCUUUCUGGAUACACAAGCUGGUGUUUGUGGACGCCGUCUCCUUUCUGACCGCUAAACGACUGUCUCUGUCCCUGGAGCGCUUCAUCCUGGUGGACAUUGACGAUAUAUUUGUAGGAAAGGAAGGGACUCGUAUGAAGGUCGCCGAUGUGGAGGCAUUGCUGGAAACUCAGAAUGAGCUGCGGAGGUCGAUUCCAGGCUUUACCUUUAACCUGGGCUUCUCAGGGAAAUUCUUCCAUGCAGGUACUGAUGAGGAGGAUCAGGGUGAUGAUCUUCUGCUGUCGUAUGUUGAUGAGUUCUGGUGGUUUCCUCAUAUGUGGAGUCACAUGCAGCCACACCGCUUUCAUAACCAGAGUGUGUUGGCGGAGCAGAUGAUCCUGAACAGACGUUUCGCUGAGGAUCACUCUAUCCCGACUCAUCUGGGUUAUGCGGUGGCUCCUCAUCACUCGGGUGUGUAUCCUGUCCACAUCCAGCUGUACGAGGCCUGGAAGCGUGUGUGGGACAUUAGAGUGACCAGCACUGAGGAGUAUCCACACCUCAAACCCGCGCGAUUCAGACGCGGAUUCAUACACCGCGGCAUUAGAGUUCUGCCCCGUCAGACGUGUGGUCUGUUCACUCACACCAUCUUUCAUGAGGAGUAUCCAGGCGGUCCACAGGAGCUCGAGCACCUCAUCCAUGGAGGAGAACUGUUCCUUACUGUCCUGCUCAACCCUAUCAGCAUAUUCAUGACGCACAUGUCAAACUAUGGAAAUGACCGUCUGGGAUUGUUCACCUUCAAACGGCUGCUUGACUUUCUCCAAACGUGGACUCAUCUGAAACUGCAGACUCUUCCCCCUCUGCAGCUCGCCGAGAAAUACUUCCACAUGUUUCCAUCGGACACGGAGCCGCUCUGGCAGGACCCUUGUGAGGAUAAACGACACAAGGACAUCUGGUCCAAAGAGAAGACCUGCGAUCGCUUCCCAAAACUGCUGCUCAUCGGCCCUCAGAAAACUGGAACGACGGCUCUUUAUUUAUUUCUAGGCAUGCAUCCAGACCUGACCAGUAAUUACCCCAGUAAGGAGACCUUUGAGGAGAUCCAGUUCUUCAGUGGCUACAACUAUCAGCGUGGCAUCGACUGGUAUAUGGAGUAUUUCCCCCUUCCGUCAAACAGCAGCUCGGAGUAUUAUUUUGAAAAGAGUGCCAAUUAUUUCGAUUCAGACGUAGCUGCGCUUCGGGCCGCGGCGCUGCUGCCCAGAGCUAAAAUCAUCACGGUGUUGAGUGAUCCUGUGGACAGAGCCUACGCCUGGUACCAGCAUCAGAGAGUUCACGGUGACCCUGUGGCUCUGAAAUACUCUUUCCAUGACGUCAUCACUGCAUCCCACAAUGCACCAGUGAGGCUGCAAACCCUGCAGAAGCGAUGUCUGCUUCCAGGCUUUUACAGCAAACACUUGACACGCUGGAUCCAGCACUUCCACCACAGCCAGAUUCUGGUUGUGGACGGUCAGACGCUGAAAACCGAUCCUGCUUCAGUCCUGGAAAAAAUCCAGACCUUUCUGGGGUUGGAGAAUCGAGUCGACUACCACAAGAUACUGGCGUUUAACCCAAAGAAAGGCUUUUGGUGUCAGCUGCUGGACGGAGGAAAGACCAAGUGUUUAGGGAGGAGUAAAGGACAGAGAUACCCAGACAUGGACACACAGUCUCAGGUGUUUUUGAGGAACUACUACAGCGAUGGCAAUAUUGAGCUGUCGAAACUGCUGUAUAAAAUGGGUCAGACGGUGCCCGGCUGGCUCAGACAAGAGCUUCUUCACACUAGAUAACAGAGUCUGUCAUGACGGUGGUCUUUAACUCGCUAGUACAAUUCUGUAUGUAUUUAAAGGCCAGUAUUUAUGAGCAGAUUCUGUUUUCUACAGACGCUGGAUCAGAAUAUGAACUUGAAGAUCGUCCUGCUGUGAUGAAGACACGAGUGAUUGUGACACUCCAAACUUAAAUGAAAGACCUUUUAAAUAAAACUGAAUUUGAUACAGACCGUCUUUGAUUUUAUAAAGGUCUGCUAUGGACAUCUGCAUUUUUUUUCACAGCUGCCUUUUUCCUACGUUUUUUUACAUUUCAUCAUAAACUGAAGGACUUUCUUUGUCGAGCUCCAAGAAUUCAUUAAAAAUACAAUCAACGUAUCCAACCCUGGCUCAUUCUGAAAACGUAGUCCUG